GGCUCGAUAGCGGAGGAACGCGGCGACGAAAACGCACCGGACCGACCACACGACGGAUUCAAACACCUCAUGACACCGCCCAAGGGCACGUCGAUGUUGGGUCGUGGUGUAAAGCGGAAGUGGAGCUGCCUGGAGGAGCUGGAGGCCGAGACCCUCCAUGCUGCUGCUGCUGCAGAGAAGGAGAAGAAUGGGGAGGACGGCGGGGGAGACGAGGGCGGGUUCCUCGCGGCUCCGUCCAAAUCCGACAUGAGCCACCUUCAGCAACGCCAGCUGGUGCUCGGCCUCUGCAUGGAGAAGCUCCGGGGCUACCAGGCCGGCAUGGAGCUCAGCCUGCGUCGCUCCGUGCUGCUCAUCAACACGCUGCGGCAGAUCCAGGAGGACAUGCAGAGCGACGGGGCGGGAGGCUGCACGCAGGAGGCGCUCCUCAACGGCGUCCACCGUGACUCCUGCCUCCUCAGGGACGACUUGCAGGUUACGUGUCCCGGGUGUGUAGAGGGUGAUGCAGACGACUUAUCUCUGUCUCCGCCGCUGUCCCCAGAACUGCCCUCUCAGGAGGCAAACAUCUCGUCCGACCAGCAGAAAUCGCUUCCUGCUUCGGCGAUCAAUAGUUUUAGCGAUGCAGUAAACGCCAUGGGCUACCUGGGCGACCUCGCCCUGGACGGCAUCUUCGACGACAUCGACACGUCGAUGUACGAGACUUCAGAUCUGCCCUCUGCCUGGGCGGCGAGCUCCCUGUGGCCCGUCAGCGUGUCGCUUUGGGCGGACGAGGACGUGAAGAUGCGCUCAGCCGGCGGCCACGGAGGAGCCGGGAGCCUCCAGUCGUGUCUGAUGGACCUGAAUGAGCUGGACCACAUCAUGGAGAUUCUGGUGAAGUCCUGAUCCUGAAGGACGAACUCCUGAACUUUUUACUGCACACAAUCACAGAGUCUGAUCACAGCGGAGGAGGCUGACAGAGGAGGACGACGUGACCUUUGAUCUUUAAGGCUCCUUCUGAUAUCUCGGUUUAAAAUUCAAUACAAGCUUCAACUAAUUUUAGCUAAUUCUUGUGCACAUAAUUUAUAAGAAACCAUCCAAUACACAUAAUAUUUAUUGCUUUAGAUGAAGAAUCUGGUUUUAAAUGUCUCAUGAGAUUAGGAAACAUUAAGGAAACGUCCACUAUUUUAGUGCUUUUAUACAGUUUUUGGUUGUUAUAACUCAGGUGGAGGCAGAUACAGAUAUUUUUCUAGAAGUCUCAGUAGAAUUAAAUGGUGGAAAAACUUCAGCUAUCGAGGAUUAUUGUGCAAAAAAAAUGCAUUUUUUAACAGAAAGAGACCAAUUUCUGCAGCUACAGUUGCAGGAAACAAAUCAGAUAGCUCUUCAGCUUUGGGACAGCUUGUUUUUUAAAGAAGUGAGUCAAUAAUCUGUUGUGAAAAGCAGAUGAGGCACAUAUAGGUAUGUAGGUAGACCAAAAGGUGGAUCUUCCUUAAUUUUUUUUAUACAGAUCGACCCUUGAAUUACAAAUCUCAGUGUUUACGCCACUUCUGUUUUAUGAAGUUUUAGUUGAAGCAGCUGCAUCUCUCUGAGUGAAUCCCUGAGCAACCUGAGCUGCUGUUGUUUGUGUCACUCACGCUGUCAGAUCAGACUUUGGUUGAUUAUUAAUUGAAAUCCCUUCAAUAACUUAAGAGUGUGUGUGCUUCAGCAGAAGGUCUCUGCCGCUGUGUUUAUGUAUUUAUUUGGCUCUGUGAAAAAGAGUUCAGCCAAAGAAGUAACUCUCUGAUCCCUGGAGAUGAAUUCCACGUUUGUUUUGUAUCACAAGAAACGGAGGGAAAAAAUGGAUGACACCUUGAUUAUGAAAGAGGGUAAAAUGUUUGUCUAAUAUUAUUCUUAUUUAUGAAUGAAAAGUCGACCACAAACUGCAGCGGAUAGAGUUUAUUGUUUGGGUGUGAGUGUAAGUUAUAAUUCAGAUUCUUUAUGACCUUGGGCUGCCAUUUCUUCUGCUUUGGGACAAACUAUCAGAGCCUGUAUGAGAUAUAUAUUCAUCCAGAUGUUUAACCUUCUCGGCAGCUUGUAUUUAAGGUAUGAUCAAUGUAUGAAAAACAUGUAUUUAAAAUAGUAAUGUAAUCUCAGUCCGGUUCUGACGGAGGAGCUGAUCGCCUCGAGUCGACAAUCAGGACUUUGCCAAUGUCUCAGAAUUGUAAAUGACAACAGAAGCUUGUGUAUUUUUAUGGCCAUGAUGGUAUGGAUUUCUACUGCAAUGUUUUUUAAAAACAGUUUUUAUGUGUUUUCUAUCUGAAACUCCAAUCAUCAGUGAGUGAUGGGGCUGCGAUGAAGCAGAUGUUUCGACCUUCAUCAUCUGUGGUUUACUCCCGUUCUACCUCCUGAUGUCCGUUUGUCGUCGGUUAACCUGGACACUCCCGUUAGUCGCAGAUAGAAACCAUCUUUUUCAAACGUUUUAACUGCAAACCAAUGGAAUCCGAUGCUUUUACUGUCAGACCAAAGCGAUCCGUCUUCGCCUCUAUCUCAUGUGGACAAUGUGCCUUACUACUGGACCUGAUGCUUCACUGGUGUUGAGGUUUUAUGUGGUUGUCUGAGCUCAAGCUUCACCGAUAAAAGAACUGUGAGGUUGUAGGAGGUGUUAUUUAAAGCACCGAAAAACCCUGAACCCGCCAUUGUUUCUUCCCUCUUCUUGGUUCUUUCUUUUUUCUUUUCUUUGCUCGUUGAGCACUACUGCCAUAUGAGCUUAACGUCUCCUGACAGGAUGACAGUAAAACUAGCUGAGGGAGGAGGUGGCAGCGAGGGCCAGGAGGGAAAAAUAAGAGGAGGAGGACAUGGAGGAGGAAGAGGAGGGGUGGGAGGAAGCAGCUUGCGUCACUUGUUCAGGAAGGAGGGGCUUAGAGCUUGUUUUUUGCCCCGGACUCAGACCACCGACCAAUCAGGAGAGAUGUGCGAGGAGCAAACUGCUUCUCCAACAACAACAACUUGUUUUUGCUCCUGACGGCUCUGUGCAGAAAUACAGUGUUGGAUUUCAGCCUUCUGAAAUAAAAACACUUCUGUUGUUGUUUUUAUUUGCAUAAUCUAUCAGGCAGGACUGAAAACAGAAAGCUGCAGUGUUAUUUAUGACUCUAUGAGAGUGUCAGAAGGGUCUGUGAAGCUGUAUGUUGAUGCUGAUUAUGAUAUAAAUGUAACUGAAGGACGCUAGAUGAUGAUUAAUAAUGUAUUGUAUUUUUUUGUGUGGAAGAUUUUAUAGAUUUUAUUCAAUAAUACAGUACAAAUACCGUAA